AUGGUUACAGAAAAUCCUCAACGUCUUACUGUUUUAAGACUCGCUACCAAUAAGGGUCCGCUAGCUCAAAUAUGGCUUGCUUCGAAUAUGUCAAAUAUACCGAGAGGCUCCGUUAUCCAAACUCACAUUGCUGAAUCAGCAAAAGAAAUUGCAAAAGCUUCUGGCUGUGAUGACGAAUCAGGGGAUAAUGAAUACAUAACUCUACGAACAUCAGGGGAAUUACUUCAAGGCAUCGUACGUGUAUAUUCCAAACAGGCCACUUUCCUACUUACGGAUAUAAAAGACACAUUAACAAAAAUUAGCAUGCUAUUUAGAACAAAUCAGAAGAUGAACACCACAGUAAGCAGACUAAAUACUGUCACGAGGGUUCAUCAAUUGAUGCUAGAGGAUGCGGUUACAGAAAGAGAAGUUUUAGUCACACCAGGGCUAGAGUUCUUAGAUGAUACCACCAUACCAGCAGGCUUAAUGGCGCAGGAGAACUCAAUGGAAAGAAAAGUUCAGGGGGCUGCUCCUUGGGAUACCUCACUUGAAGUUGGCAGACGAUUCAGUCCAGAUGAAGAUUUCGAGCAUAAUUUGUCUGGUAUGGACCUUGAUUUUGACAUCGAAGAAGGCCCGAUAACUUCAAAAUCUUGGGAAGAAGGAACAAGACAAAGCUCGCGCAGCUUUGGUGCACACGAAAAUUACAUACAAGAUGAUGAUUUCCCUCUUGAUGAUGCCGGAACUGUUGAUUGGGACCUGGGGAUUACCGAAAAAAAUGGCCAUAACAACGAUGAUGACGAUAACUCUGUUGAACAAGGAAGAAGGCUUGGUGAAUCAAUUAUGUCUGAGGAACCUACAGAUUUUGGAUUUGAUCUGGAUAUAGAAAAAGAAACGCCUAUGGGCGAUAUAGAUAUGGCAGCCGAUGUCAUGACAGAAUCACAACCAAAGCAAAAAAGCACAAGAAGAAACCCAAAGUUACUGAAUACCAGAAACAUCCAAAUCGAUGAGGAAACAGAAAAGUCAGAGAGCUCAGUUUCCUCCAACACAUACAAAGAGGAAGGACCAAACAACUUAUUAAUUUCCCAGUCCGCCAAUUCUACAACUAAAAGAUUAUGGAGUGAAAUGGCUGGAAGUAUGUCUUAUUUACCGGAUUUAAUUCUUAAGAACUUCUUAUCGUAUGACUCCCUAAAGAAAAGAAAAAUUAAAAACAGACCAGAGGGCCCAAUCGAAGAGCCUGAGUUAAACGUAUCGCUUAAUCUUAGCGACGACGUGAUUAGCAACGCGGGAACAAACAACGAAUCAUUCAAUGAACUGACUGAUAACAUGUCGGACUUCGUGCCAAUUGACGCCGACUUGAAUGAGGCUCCUUUUCCUGAAGAUGGUGUUGCAGGAACGAAGACGGGAAGUGAGACCACUACCCAAACUGAAAAGGUUCGUCUUGCUUCCGGUGAGGUCGCUUCUAAGGCUAUUGUUCAAAUGGCGAAGAUUUUAAGGAAAAAACUAACCGAAGAAAAUGAAGUAAUAUUCACAGAUGUACUGAAAAGUCAAGCAGAUACAGAACUAGAAAAUAUUACCAAAAGAGAAGCCAGUAAGGGGUUUUUCGAUAUUUUAUCACUUGCUACAGAAGGAUGUAUUGAUUUGGGUCAAACAGAAACGUUCGGCAAUAUUAAAAUAGACGCCAAACCUGCUUUAUUUGAAAGGUUUAUUCACGCUUGA